UGAUUUUGAGAAAAAUUUAUACAAGUUAAUGAACAAUGCAGUGUUUGGUAAAACUAUGGAGAAUGUGCGCAAUCAUGUAGAUGUAAAAUUAGUAACAAAAUGGGAAGGGAGAUAUGGUGCGGCGGCAUUGAUCGCUAAACCAAAUUUUCACAGUCGCAGCAUAUUUUCGGAAAACUUAGUUGCAAUCGAGCUGCGCAAACUGUUCGUAAAAUUGAACAAACCAAUCUAUGUGGGUAUGUGUAUACUAGAUAUAUCUAAGGUUUGUUUGUAUGAAUUCCAUCACGACUACAUGUUACCCACACAUAGCGAUAAAUGUAAAAUGAUGUAUACCGAUACAGACAGUUUAAUUUAUCACAUCGAGUGUGACAAUAUUUAUGAACUUAUGAUACGAGACAUUGCUCGAUUUGACACGAGCGAUUAUCCAUCAGAUAAUCGAUAUGGUAUUCCGCUUGUCAAUAAGAAGAUACCAGGUUUAAUGAAAGACGAAAAUAAUGGUGCGAUUAUGACCGAAUUUGUUGGACUGAGAGCAAAGAUGUACGCCAUGCAAGUCGAUGGCAAGAACGAUACGAAGAAGGUGAAAGGUGUCAAGAGUAAUGUUGUAGCACGAACUAUAACAUACGAUGAUUAUGUGCAAUGUUUGAUGGGCGAGGUUGAAAAGAUUUGCCACCAAUCGUGUAUAAGAUCCACGUUGCAUGAAGUGUACACGAUAUCAGAAACAAAAAUUGCUCUGAGUCCACACGACGACAAACGAUAUAUUGUACCAUAUUCAACCGAGACCUUACCAUGGGGGCAUUAUAAAAUACCGUCUUAGGCGCACCAGUAUACAUAUGUUUUGUAACUCAAACACAGACCUCGGUAACAUUAUCUCGCGAAGAACGCAAAAUUUGCAGAAUGCUGUGGGGGAAGCUUGGAGCAUGCAAUUCUACUAACGUUAGCAGAUACAAGCGAGUGUCACCGCUGUUCCUAAGAAGACCAAGUCCUCCCCCCACCUGAAUAAUUUACUAUAUAAACCGUUGUACAGCCAGCCCGCGUCAUUUUCAAAAGUGUAUCUGUGAAAAACGUAAAAAGUAAUACAAGUGAGAAGUGAAAAUGGUUGCAGAUAGAUGGGACCUCGCUGGAAUCGCCACCUAUGAUGAUCGACACAUCAGCAAUACAUAUGCGGAGGCGAUGCUGCCUACAGAUGUAUACCACCUCAUCAGACAACGCACCUGUUUGCGAGGAGGCAUGUGUUGGAAAGACACCGAUGAGGGAGUUCGAAUAUGCGAGGGGUGUUUUCAUACACUUCCGCCACGGGAAGCUGCGGAAUACAUAAGAGAGCCCGUGCAUCUGCUAGUGGCGGGCUAUGCACGAGCCCAUGCCCUAGCCACCUGUAGGCUAUGCCACAACCGCAUGUAUUCGAGGGGUAAUUUCGAGAAUUGUGUAACAUGCGUUACAGCAGUAU